AGAUAUGAGAUCAAAAUUCUUACUAGAGCUUUUAGCUCUAUUCGCUGUGGCAUGUAUGGCCAAUGGAGAUUUGACAAUUCAAGAUGAAUUGGUGGAUGAAGUAUCCGGUCUAUUUACAAUUGAGGGUAAAGUCUAUCCCCCAGAGGCACAACAGAUGAGCUAUAAUCCCAAUGCCAUUCCCAACAAUAAAUGGCAAGCUGACACUGUGCUCUCCAUUAAUAAUGGUGAAUACAAAGGUUUCAUAAGGGAAGAUGGUUCCUUCAUUAUUAGUUCAGUGCCUUCGGGAAGUUAUGUUGUGGAAAUCAAUAAUCCAGAUUAUUUCUAUGAACCGGUCAGAGUAGAAAUUAAUCCCAAGGGUAAAUUUCGUGCACGCAAAGUGAAUUAUGUACAGCCAUCACAGAUUGUACAGGUGCCUUAUCCAUUGAAAUUGAAGGCAUUGACUAGAUUCAAGUAUUUCCAAACCAGAGAACAGUGGAAGAUCACCGAUUUCCUCUUCAGUCCCAUGGUAUUGAUGAUGGUGGUACCCCUAUUGCUGAUGUGGGUCUUACCCAAAAUGAUCAAUGACCCCGAGACGAAAAAAGAAUUAGAAAAUAUGCAAUUCCCCAAAAUGAACAAUGAAAUGCCCGAAAUAAGUGAAAUGAUAACAUCGCUAUUCACCGGCAAUCCUCCCAAGCAAUUGGAAAAAGAAAAGAAACCCUCAUCCGGUACGAAACAGACCAAAAAGAGGAACUAGUCAUUAGAGUGAAAAUUUUAGGAAAUUGUGUAUUAGUUUAUUAAUGCGUAAUACAUACAAA